AUGACAAGCAUUGCUAAUCAGUUAAGAACCAAGCAAGGUGCGAUCAUCGGUGCUGGUGUUGUUAUUGUGAUUACUGCCUUCACAAUUUGGAGUUGGAAAUCUUCUUCUUCCACCACUGCCCCACCAAAUAGCAAAGAUGCUAAAGCUUCAGAUGAGCGAUCUGUCAAAAACAAAAAAGACACCAAAGAAGAAUCUGCAGCCAACAAGGCAAACGACAUGGUUACCAAACAGUCACAAAUCAAGAAGGAUAACGUUAAUGAAGCAUCCAUCAUCAUCGAGGAAGAAGUUGUUACAGUGGAGAAAGUUGAGGAUACACUCUUAGAGGAAAAGAAUGAGGAAUCAGAGCAAAAGGAAGAGAAGGUCGUUGUUACCACUACAGAAACCGUUACUGAAAUUAUCGACAACCAUGGUGAUGAAAUCUCCAGCGCCAAGAGCCAUACUUUAUCGGCAGCUACGAGCAGUGCUGAUGAAACCGAUAUUUGCACCCCUGAACAUGAAGCCAACACUGUUGCUGAUGUCAAGCAUCACGAAUCCACCGCCACUGAUGAAGUCGAUACCCAACAUAAUACAAGCUAUUUAUCAGAAGACAAGAAUCAAGAUGUUGCUGAAAAGGUCAAGUUUGACUGGACUGAGGAAUCUGUCAAAGCAGCUCUGCCUCCUAUGAAUCGUGAUAUUGUUACUGUCUCUACUGUAUCCCUUGACACUGCCGAAAGUAUUGUCACUGAAACGCAUCAUGAAGAGUUUGUUGUUGUUGGCCAUCCCAUUGAUAAGGACCCUGUCAAGGAGCAAGACAUUGUCGCUUCUGCUGCUACCACUACCACUUCUACCGACGAAGAGCCCGCUUUAUCCGAAAAGGUCCAAGUUUCCUCUUCAUCUUCAUCCACAUCAUCCGAAAAGUCACCACCAGUUUCACUCUCAAGCUCAUUAACCGCUGAUGCUCCCGAGUUUGUCCCUAAGUCACUUCAACAACCCACCAAGAAGCCUACAAAGAAAUUCUUGACCCGCGAGCAGUUGAUCGAACAACAAAGACAGCACCACAUGCCUAGAUCAAAAGCAAGAUGCAGCCAUUGGCCCCAUUGCACCAACAACAAUUGUAAAUUCUUCCACCCUUACAGGGCCUGUCGAGCUGGAGAUGAUUGCUUGUUUGGCGAUAGAUGCAUGUUUGUUCAUCCCAAUGAUUGUAUAGUGAAUAUUCGAGAGAAUAAGAAUGCCGCUACUUCUACCUCUAUCCAUGAGUAA